GUGUUUUCCUGUAGAUAAUAAGACAAACUUUUACAGUAGCUUGUGGUAUAUCCUUUACUUUAGCGAUAUAGUUGUCAACAUUCAUCUGAGAACUUGAACGUAAUUUUCAUAAGUAAGAUAUUUAUCCUUUGGAUCAUUCCCAAAGGAAAACACGAGUUUGUAGAGUUCUUUCGAUAGCGAUAGUUAACUGCAAGUGGAGUUCGAAUCCUUGCUAGAGAGCUUAUGAUGCCUACGUUGCGGGACAGCACCAUGUCCCACCCCGGCGAGAAUCCUCACCAAGUCCGGGUAAAAGCGUACUACAAAGGGGAUAUUAUGAUCACACACUUUGAGCCCUCCAUCUCCUAUGAGGGGCUUACCAGCGAGGUGCGAGACAUGUGUACCCUGGACAACGACCAGCUCUUCACAAUGAAGUGGAUUGAUGAGGAAGGAGACCCAUGCACCGUGUCGUCUCAGCUGGAGCUGGAGGAAGCCCUGCGCCUCUAUGAUCUCAAUAAAGACUCGGAGCUGAUUAUUCAUGUGUUUCCCUGUGUUCCUGAGAAGCCUGGCAUGCCUUGCCCUGGGGAAGACAAGUCCAUAUACCGACGCGGGGCUCGCCGCUGGAGGAAGCUCUACUAUGCCAACGGACAUGCCUUCCAGGCCAAGCGCUUCAAUCGGCGGGCACACUGUGCCAUCUGCACAGACCGCAUCUGGGGCCUGGGCCGGCAGGGCUACAAGUGUGUCAACUGCAAGCUGCUGGUCCACAAGAAGUGCCACAAGAUGGUGACUGUGGAGUGCGGCAGGCAGAUGAUCCAGGAGCCCCUCCUGCCUUCCAUGGACCAGGUGUCGGCCCCCUCAGACCAUCCCAAAACAGUCCAUCCACACAAAUACUCCAACGAAAGCCUGAAUCAUGACGGGGAGGAGAAAGAGGCGACGAGCCGGGAUGUUGGGAAGGCCACGUCCAGCCUGGGGCUGAUCGACUUUGACCUGCUGCGCGUGAUCGGCCGGGGCAGCUACGCCAAAGUGCUGCUGGUGCGGCUAAAGAAGACAGAGCGCAUCUACGCCAUGAAGGUGGUGAAGAAGGAGCUGGUCAACGACGACGAGGACAUUGACUGGGUCCAGACAGAGAAGCAUGUCUUCGAGCAGGCCUCCAACCACCCCUUCCUCGUGGGACUGCAUUCUUGUUUCCAGACGGAGAGCAGGCUCUUCUUCGUGAUUGAGUAUGUGAACGGCGGUGAUCUGAUGUUCCACAUGCAGCGGCAGCGCAAGCUCCCCGAGGAGCACGCCAGAUUUUACUCAGCAGAAAUCAGCCUGGCCUUAAAUUACCUCCACGAGCGUGGCAUCAUCUACAGAGACCUGAAACUGGACAACGUGCUCCUCGAGUCCGAGGGACACAUCAAGCUCACUGACUACGGCAUGUGCAAGGAGGGUCUGAGGCCAGGAGACACGACCAGCACCUUCUGUGGGACCCCUAACUACAUUGCUCCCGAGAUCCUAAGGGGAGAGGACUACGGCUUCAGUGUAGACUGGUGGGCACUUGGAGUUCUCAUGUUUGAGAUGAUGGCUGGAAGGUCACCUUUUGAUAUUGUGGGCAGCUCGGACAACCCUGACCAAAACACAGAAGACUAUCUUUUCCAAGUUAUAUUGGAGAAACAGAUCCGUAUCCCUCGCUCAUUAUCUGUCAAAGCUGCCAGCGUACUGAAAGGCUUCCUGAACAAGGAUCCCAAGGAGCGACUGGGCUGCCACCCACAGACAGGCUUCGCUGACAUCAUGGGACACCCCUUCUUCAGGAACGUUGACUGGGACCUCAUGGAACAGAAACAAGUGGUGCCACCAUUUAAGCCCAACAUUUCCGGCGAGUUUGGAUUGGAUAACUUCGAUGUCCAGUUUACCAAUGAGCCCAUCCAGUUAACUCCAGAUGAUGAUGAUGCUGUAAAGAAGAUCGACCAGUCUGAGUUUGAGGGCUUCGAGUACAUCAAUCCCCUCCUGAUGUCGGCUGAAGAGUGUGUGUGAUCAACACUGCUCUUGGCCGCCCCGGUUGCCUUUUGUUCAACACUGCAUGGUUAAAUGUGCACCAACAUACCGGCGAACACGCGUGCAAACACUAAACCAAACAAAAACCCUGAUGAUCUUCAUCCUACUGCUGAAGGAGCUGCCAUGAGCUCCGGGACGCUAGUUGCCAAACCAAUCUCACUCUGCCAUUUAUAACCACUAGUCCUUAAGUCUACUUUUUGUUUUUGUCUGUUUCAUAAUUAUUUUUGUAUCAUGUAAAGCCGCACUGAUAUCAGCGUAUUUAUCGGUGCCUUUUAUCAGUGGCCGUUUGUGGGCUAUAGGUCAGAGGUCACGAGGUAGAAUGGGAGAAAGCUAAGACGACAUACAGCACUGUCUUUUCCCCCGGCUCCCGUGUGAGGAUGAAGACUUUAUGUGUACAUAUCUGUAAGAAAGCAAGUGAACAUAUAUUGGAGUUAAAGUACUAAAAAUAAUACUGUUCACAGGGGGCAUGUUUUGAACACUUUCUCUUACCUCUUCAACAGCCAUUUCUGCUUCGUGCAAUGGGAAAUGCAGAUAAGAAAAAUACAAUACUAGCCUUCAUUUACGCUUAUCCUUCUGUGUAAGUUUUGUGCUUUUCCUCUCUCUGCCUAUUUAAAGAAAUAGCGGUAUGGAAAAAUGUACAAAGUGUUUUUAUAAAGCCAGGCUUCCUGUCCAUGCCAGAGAGAGGCGAGCCCCAUACGGUCUGUCCGCAGAUGUAGUGAAGACCGGGGGGUCCACUUCUGAGCCCAGCCACCUGGUGAGGGGAGCCACACAAGGAGCCCAGGAACAUGAACAAUAAUGUAAAUACUGACAAACUGUGAAUGGAGAGGGAAUUUCUGAAAGGAGAGGGGAGGAAAAGAGGAGGAGUGUGCUGUAAUGGAGGACCCCCUCCCCCCCUAAACUAUGAUAGAAAAGACCAUCCAUGCAACAUUACCUUUACACAGGACCAAAAAAAAAAAGAUAAUAUCCCACGCUAGGAAAGGACAGGAUGUUCCUGGUGGGACACGUGGUAGAUGUAAACUGUAGAUCGUUGCGCCGUCUCAAGAUUAAUCAUAGAGAUCCUUGAUUUUAUUUUGUUUUUGUUCUGUUCUUUUUCACCUUUUAAGACAUUGCCUUUCUGAUAUUGUUUUUUUUUUUUUUGCUCUGUUCUUUCUAUGUUUAUUUUUGUACGAUCACCGAUUCACACUGUUGGUCUAUUGAUAUUUUUUCAUUUGUUUUCUUUCUGUCAUUGUCUCUUUAAAUUGCUGUUAAGUUACUGAAGAGAAAGCUGUUGGCGAUGUUUGUACUUGACAUGACACCCAUGUCGGAUAUGUGCUUCCUGCUGGGACAUCUCUUGCCUAGCUUCCCCUGAGCCCCCCCCACCCACUACCUACACAUACACCCUUUCCAACACCUUGCUCUCAGUCCACACCCCUCCCUCUCACCCCUCUCUCACUUGACACUAUGCUUGUGAUUUGUCAUUUUUGUUUUUAAGCAUCCUAUAACAUUUUUUUUUAAAUUCUACACAAGAAUGAGCUGACCUUAGAAGUCCGACAGGCCUUUAGAAGAUCAAAUGACCAAACACUGGUAAAUGUACCGUACUCUCACAUGCUCAGAUGCGCGCUCUUUCUCUCACACACACACGUACGCACUCCCUCCCUCAUUCCACACCAGGCUGGCCUUCACAUGCCUGUAUAUGCUUGCACUGGUUCCCCAGUGUGAGGAACUCAUUGGUACCCCUGUGUUAGCAAUGAUUUGGUUAGUCAGAGCCCUUCCAACAUUCCUAGAGUGAUUGGUGCACCAGUCCGCGAAUGUGGCCGUAAAAUAAAGGCAUUAGGACCGUGUGGUGGCAAUCCACAAAACACAAACACCACAACAAAAACAUUUGAUUUUUGGCUGCCUUCAGGUGAAGUACUCUGUGAAAAGCACAUUACUAACUUUGAAACGUUAUGAAUUUAUUUCACCUAUCAACAUUUUGUUAAAAGUAUUUAAGUGAAUAAUCCUGUUCAAAUGUGGUAAAGCGUUCGAGCAAAAAAGGUUGAGAGCUAAAAGUUACUGAAUACUUUGUGUUGAGAUGAUGUCACAAAUGACUAUACCACCACUCGUAUUUGUUUUUCAGUGAAAAGUCUGUCUAAAACAGAAAUGAUAUUCAAAAUAAAAAAAAAAAGACAAAUUCA